AAAUAACCCUCAGCCAGCAUGCCGAAGGAAGCAAAACAAGAAGAGCGGUAUUUUUAGGGUCAUUAAUAUCGACCACGUGGCCCGAAGGUAAACCGGAUGGCCGUUGCGCAAAGGCUCCUCGUCAGUAUGUCCUGCGAGGCCGGCACGCCGCACUGGACGCUGACCGCGGUGGUUCUCCUGGGCUUUCUGCUGGGGAUCGUGUCAGCGUACCCUUUACCGAGCAGCAGGACAAAUGCAACUUUAUUGGAAAAAAGAUGGGAGACCCUCUUCUCCCGCUCUGUACUGGGGAUCUCCGGAGAGAAACCGGAGCUGAACUGGGAGAGUGACUAUCUGCUGGGCAUCAAAAGAGUGCGGAGGCUCUACUGCAACGUGGGCAUCGGGUUUCACCUUCAGGUCCUCCCCGACGGCAGGAUAAACGGUGUACAUAAUGAAAACCAGUACAGUCUAAUAGAGAUCUCCACGGUGGACAGAGGAGUGGUGAGCCUAUAUGGGGUGAAGAGUGAGUUGUUUGUCGCAAUGAACAGCCGUGGGAGGUUAUACGGAACGAAAGUCUUCCAUGACGAGUGCAAGUUCAAGGAGAGCAUGCUCGCCAACAACUACAAUGCCUACGAGUCUCUGGUUUACAGAGGUUCCUACAUAGCACUCAGCAAGCAUGGCCGCGUGAAGAGGGGCAACAAGGCCACCACUGCCAUGACUGUAACGCACUUCCUACCCCGGAUAUGAUGAGGAAAAACUGGCAAUAACAAACUUAUUUGCACAUGUGGAUUAUUUCCCAGGUAACAUAAAUACCAUAUACGUACGUACAAACACAAAAGACAACAUGGACUGUAAAAGAAAGAAAUACCACUAUAUCUGAUAGUAUUUAUUCAAACUUUAUAUGUAUAUUUGGGUAGCUUCCUUUGUAUUAGAAAUUAUGGAAAUGCCAUUCUUUGCUGCUUUUAUGAUUUUCAUAAUUUUGUGAUUAUGGAGGGGAUGGAGAGGCAUCAUUUAUCCCCUCAUUUUAUAUGGGUGCUUGUUGGAAUUGGUUGAGUCCUUGGCCUGUCAGCGGAUGACAGUUCAUACUUUUCAAA